AUGGAGAGAACUGUGGACGCUCAUUCUACACAUGCAAAGUUGCAAAAGGGAGACAAUUACCUGGAGGAAGAUCGGAUUAGUCAACUGCCCGACGGCAUUCUGAUUACCAUUCUGCAUCAAUUGUCGUUUUUGGAAGUACCAAGUACUUGUGUCCUCUCCAAGAGAUGGAAAUAUCUGUGGAUGCAUGCUGGGGAUCUGAACUUUUCUGUUCCAAAGAAGUUGUUAGCCAUCCGGAAGGAACGCACAUUAGUUAAGGUCGAAAUGGCUAAAUACAUUAGUUGGGUGAAUCGAGUUCUACAACUGCUUGACGGUGCAUUUAUCAAUGAAUUCAAAGUUAAUUUUGGCUUGGACUCUAGGGAUAAUUGUGAUAUUGAUGAGUGGAUCAGCUUUGCAUUUGGAAAGAAAGUUCAAAGACUAGAACUGGACCUAAAAGGAGCUGGGUAUCAAUAUUUACCUAGUCACGCUAAUCGUUAUCACUUCCCGCAUGAGGUUUAUUCUCACAUCAGAAGCCCUUAUGGUUUGCCCUGCAUUAGAUUCCUAACACACCUCUCUUUGAAAUUUGUCACUGUUGCUGCAGAGGUUGUUGAGCACUUCCUUUCCAACUGUCCACUUCUUGAACGGUUGUUUGUGCAUGGCUCACCACAUUUAGUAAAUCUAAGAGUUGUUGGUCCUACCCUUCACUUGAAGUUCCCAGAGAUAUCUCGGUGCGAUUAUUUAGCAAGCCUUGAGAUUGAUGCUCCGAACCUCGUAGAUCGAGUGGUGCAAGAGGGAGAGACCCCACUUAUCACAAAAAUAAAGUGGGAGGCCCAGAAACUACCAUCCUGUGGAGCAAGUGAAGGCAGCGGAAAUAAUUUACUAUCAAAAGAAAGGAUACGGGAAAAUAUUAGGAGGCCUGCUAAAUGUCUCCACAAAUGCCUUGAGGUGGUGGAUUUUGUUGGGAACAUUGAUAUUGAGCUUGCCAAGUACUUUAUAGAGAAUGCUAUUGCACUCCAGAAGAUUAUUGUUGAUUGUCGUGGACCAUUGUUCCGGGAGUGGACCGAGUUCAAAGAAACCAAGUGGGCGAAGGAAUCGAGAAUGCUUGCUUUGGAGCUAAAAAGAGAAUUACCUCAAGGGGUCGAGUUAGUAAUUCAUCCUGAAGCUGAGGGCAUUGAGGAUCAAAGGCCGCAGCUCUUCAUCACAAAUUUGUUCGGGAUCUCAUCGAUUGUCGAAACAGUGGAUGAAAGACUUUCUGAAGCAGAGGCUUUGAUCGAUGUAGAAGUUCUCGCACCUCUCGUGGAAGAACUGGAACUACUCCAGACAUAUUUGGAGGAUUGUCGCACUUGUAUUAAUGAUUGUGCAGUAGAUCUAGUGGCCUGA